GCGCCGCGUAGGGCAGAGCGGGGCCGCUGUGCUCCGGGCCGCAGGCAGCGCGUACGCACGGCCGCGCGGAGCCCGGCACGGCGAGCCGCCGCGGCGGAAGGGAGCGGGGGGAGGGCUGCUGCCGAGCCCCAUGAAAACGCAGGUCUGGGGAAGCUCCCCGCGGGCGCCCAUGGCUGCGGCGAUGCCGUGCAAGAGCGCCGAGUGGCUGCAGGAGGAGCUGGAGUCGGGCGGCGGCCGUUCGCUGUUGCUGCUCGACUGCCGCUCGCACGAGCUGUUCGAGAGCUCGCACAUCGAGACGGCCAUCAAUCUGGCCAUCCCCGGCCUGAUGCUCCGCCGCCUCAAGAAGGGCAACCUGCCCAUCCGCUCGAUUAUUCCCAACCACGAGGACAAGGAGCGCUUCGUCAAGCGCUGCAAGGCCGACACCGUAUUGCUUUACGACGAGGCCACCGCCGACUGGCAGGACGCCGGGGCCGCCGGCUCCGUGCUGGGGCUGCUGCUCCAGAAGCUGCGCGACGACGGCUGCAAAGCCUACUACCUGAAAGGUGGCUUUAACAAGUUUCAGACUGAAUAUUCAGAGCACUGCGAGACAAACCUUGACAGCUCCUCACCCAGCAACUCUCCCCCGGUGUCUGUCCUUGGCCUGGGAGGGCUGCGGAUAAGCUCUGACUGCUCAGAUGGUGAAUCUGACCGGGAACCCAGCAGCGCGACAGAGUCAGAUGGGAGCCCCAUCCCCAGCAAUCAGCCUGCCUUUCCAGUCCAGAUCCUUCCAUACCUGUAUCUGGGCUGUGCCAAAGAUUCUACCAACUUGGACAUCCUGGGCAAAUAUGGCAUUAAAUACAUCCUAAAUGUGACUCCCAACCUGCCAAACAUGUUUGAGCACGACGGAGAGUUCAAGUACAAGCAGAUCCCCAUCUCAGAUCACUGGAGCCAGAACCUUUCUCAGUUCUUUCCUGAGGCCAUUGCUUUUAUUGAUGAGGCCCGUUCCAAGAAGUGUGGGAUCCUUGUUCACUGCCUCGCGGGCAUCAGCCGGUCCGUAACGGUCACCGUCGCCUACUUGAUGCAGAAACUCAACUUGUCCCUUAAUGAUGCCUAUGACUUUGUGAAAAGGAAAAAAUCCAACAUCUCCCCAAAUUUUAACUUCAUGGGCCAGCUGCUGGACUUUGAGAGGACUCUGGGACUCAACAGCCCUUGCGACAACCGCUCACCCAGUGAACAGCUCUACUUUACCACCCCCACCAACCACAACCUGUUUCAGCUGAACACGCUGGAGUCCACAUGAAGAAGGCGCCAUCUGGUUGGAAACUUGGGCAUCAAAUUGCUUCUCUUGAGCAUUUCAACUCUUACAAAAAUCUGUCUCGCCAGGCAGCUCUGGAAGGACUAGCUUCUCUGGGCAGAGGUGCCACGUUGCUGCUUUAAGAAGGCUAAUGCCAUUCAUUAGUAUUCCAAUGAAAGUGGUUUGAAUAGGUAGCCUUUUUUACAGGGCUUAUCUAACACGGGCGAUGUUAAAGCAUUUUGAAUGCAGCUGUUACCAGCAAUAACUCCUUUCCUGGGUGCAUUGGGACCGUCAGAGCACGUACACGUGUGAAGAGCUUACCAGGGGUUGGCUUGCUGUGGAAAGUGAGGAGAUUUAUGCACUUGGAAACCUUGAACAAAAAGUGUUGGGCCAAGACUGUUUUAAAACCCAAGUUUACUUUUUAGAUUUAAAGAAAAAAAAAAAAAUAGAUCUUACUCAAGCUUUGGGUUCAAACUCUUUUUAAAUAUGUAAGUUCCUGACUGUUUGUACAGACGAUGUUGCAAAACCGAUAUUUUAUUCUGUUUCUUGUUUGAUCAUUAUUUUUUUAAUCAAAUGUUUAUAUUGACCAAAUGCAUUUUGCACACUUUGUGAAGCCUUGGUAUGUCCUGGCAUAUUACUGGGUACUCCAUAGAGAGAUACAUGCUGCUGCUGUUGUUGUUAGCAUCUGGUAGGAAGCUUUGUGAUGUGUGGAAGGCCAAUUGGGCUUAAGCGCAACCCCCUUCACCACUCCUGCAUUUGCAAUCACAAACUCUGCACUGAUUCAGCCAAGGUGACUAAGCUGCAAGCUUGUUUUAAUGCCACCCCUGCCAAAACACUGCUAUUGCCCAGAGAGAAAACUCUUUGUAGCCUCCAGAGUUGGUAGAAGCAUGUCUGAGCCCAGCUUCGUUUUCUGCUGCCUGUUGACUGACUUAAAGUCAUCCAGCUGGCCUGAAAUCAUUCCAGCUUCCUGAGAACAGAAAGGAGACGUGAUGUUGGCAUUCCUGGUGCACGGUUGAGUCUUUCUCACAUGUGCACGUGUUUGGGGCUUGGAUGACAUGGCUUGAGCCUGGGGCAGAGCGAGGGUUGCACAGCAGAAUGGGACUGAAUGGGCACACAUUCGGUGUGCGAGAGGAGUGGGGAGAUGUGGAAGUGAUGAUGAGAGUGUCGUAACAGAAUUUUAUAUAUAUAUAUAUAUAUAUAUAUAUACACACAUGAAUAUAUAUAUUAACUGGCAAAUUCUGAGAUGACUGGAGCUUUCAACAGAGGUUCUGAUUUUUUAUUUUUUUCUUCCUCUUUCAAAUAACUUUAUGCUGUGCCUUCUAUUCUGAGAAGACUUGUUUAUAUUUUUGGCUAGUGUUUGGCAAACACCUUAAACCGAGCCGGGAGGGGGAGGAAGUGGUAAUAAUCUCUGGGAGGAGAGCAGAACGGAUUUGGAGAUUUCUUUAUUGGCUGCAAUGUAGUCCUUCCUUUCUCCCCCCCUCCCUGGCCACUUUAACUCUCAUGUAACUGAAAAAAAAGCCACGGAUUUUUUUCUAAGUAUCCAAUUUUUUUGUACAUUUUUUCAAGAAAAAUAAAAAUAAUUAAAAAAAAAAAACCCUCCAUCUGGAGGAAUGUUUGAUGCUGUCACAUCCUGAAAAAGUUCUUUUUGUUAAAGAUGUUAUCAGAAUGUUGGAAUGAGCUUCUUUUCUUGUUUUCUGUUUUGUUUUUUGUUGGUUUUUUUUUUUUUUUUUGCCUGUUCAUUAGGUUUUGUUAAUAACAACGUUGGGAUCAUGGGUCAUUAGGGGAGAGCAUGAGUGUAAGUACGGUUGCGAGUGAGCAAACUGAGAAUAUCUGAAUGUCAUCUUACCUCAUCGAGGAAUUUACUUUUUCAGGGAUUUUUUGACAGUGCAUCUGUAUUGCAUUACAGCUGAGCUGGUUUGUAAAGGCUUCCUGUGCUGUUAGCUGUCUUUCUUCUUUAAAAGAAAAAAAAGAAUCUUCUGAGUAGUAUAAAUGGAGCUUGUUAGUGAGGAAUGGUUCUGCCUUCUGAGUUAUGAAGGAAAACUAGUGACCCUAUAUAUACUGAUCCAAUAUUGGGACUUUGUUUAUAUUACAAAUAAAUAUUAUUUUUUCUUUAAAA